AUGGGGAAGAGAAAAGGUGAUGGUGACAACAAGCAUAGGAAGAAGCCCAAGAACGGUGGUUUUAUCGAUGUGAAUACUACAGGUAUCUAUGCCACUUGUAGUAGAGGUAAAGAGAGAGCAUGCGUGAAAGAGUUAAUGAGUAUAUUUGAAGAGAAAGCUCAAGAGAUGUACCCAUCGCUUGAUGCUCAAGAAGAGGAAGCUGAAGAAGUUGAAGAGAAACUUUCAGUUGAAGAACAAAUUAAAAGAGAAGUUGAAGAGUUGAAAGGCGCUAAUAAGUCAAAGGAAUCAUUAUUUUCACAUAUAGAGUUGAAUUGUGAGUGUUUAGUGUUUAUUAAAACCAGAAAACCUAUAAAUCCUGAGGAGUUUGUUAAAAAGAUUUGUGAAGAAUCAUUCACCUCAAAGAAAAAGUCCACCAGGUUUACGCAAAAGCUUACACCAAUCACUUUAUCAACAUCAGCAUCAGUUGAAGAAUUGAAAAAAUUAACUAAAAAAGUUUUAGCACCACAUUUCCAUGAAGUCGAAGAUCAAAAACCUCUCAAAUUUGCAGUUCAAGUAUCAAGAAGGCAUUUUAAUACCAUAGAUAGAGACACGAUCAUCAGAUCCGUAGCCGAAUGUAUGGGAAAAGAAUAUGGUCACCAAGUCGACUUGAAAAAUUAUGAUAAGUUAAUCAUCGUCGAAUGCUUCAAGAAUAAUAUUGGUAUGAGUGUUGUAGAUGAUUAUGAUAAGUUGUAUAAAUACAACCUUCAACAAAUAUUUGACAAAGCAACAGAGUAA